AUGAGCAAGAUACAGCAGCCCAAGACGACCAACGUGCUCACUUCGCCCGAGCCAGACACCAAGAUCCAUCCCGUCUGGGAGUACACCGAGGAGCAACAAGCCCAGAUCAAAGACCUUCGCGAGGUGCGCGUCUGUUCUUCGCCCUUUGCCCUCUCCAGCUUUCUCAGACGCGUGUUUGCACCAAAGUAUGCUGCAUCUAUCACGCUCCCGGAGUCGGACCCGUAUUAUAUCUGGGAGCAGCGCUUCCUCAACAAAGCCGAGACGAUUCCUCGGUAUAUGCGCGCCGCCAAGUGGAAGAUGCCCGACGCCCAGAAGCGCAUCAAAGGUACACUGGAGUGGAGACGCGAGUACAAGCCGGACCUAAUUCCGCCAGACGAUGUCAAGAUUGAGGCUGAGACUGGCAAAAUCAUCCUCACGGGCUUCGACAACGAUGGUCGUCCCAUAAUAUAUAUGCGUCCCGGAAAUGAGAACACGGAACGGAGUCCACGCCAGCUGAGACAUCUCGUGUGGUGGUUAGAACGCGCCAAAGACUUCCAGCCUCAUGGACAAGAGUCCAUUGUCAUUAUUGUAGAUUACAAGACAACGACCUUAAGAACCAAUCCCUCCGUAUCUGUAGCCAGCAAAGUCCUCACUAUCCUUCAACAACACUACGUCGAGACGCUCGGCCGCGCCAUCGUCACGAACCUCCCUUUCCUUCUUAAUUUCUUCUACAAGGGCAUCUCGCCGUUCCUUGACCCCGUCACGCGCGAUAAGAUGCGCUUCAACCCAGACCUCGUCGAGCUUAUACCCAGCUCCCAGCUUGACGCCGAGUUCGGCGGCGAAUAUAACUUCGAGUACGACUUUGAGACGUACUGGAAGCAGAUCGUCGACUUUUGCGGCAUCGCCCCCGACGGCACCCGCCUCCCCGGCUACUUCGACGGCCCCAAGCGCGGCUCCCAGCCCGUCUCCGAGCCGGAAGCGGCGAACGCGGAAGAACCCUCACCGAUCCCCCAAGAAGAGAACGAGAACGACAGCGGUAUCGCCACCGCCAACGGGUCCCCCGCGCCCUCGUCCGCGACCGCGUCCGUCGAGUCAGCAGAGAGCGGCAUUCCGGAGGCCAAGGCUGCACCCGACGUCGAGGAGGCGCCCGUGGUUGCAGGGGCUGCUGUUGCUGUCGUCGUUGCUUGA